GUCUCCCUGCCGGUGCCGCCGAGUUACUCCACUUGUCAGCGGUAUCCCGGCCCCGCGCCCCGCCUGCAACAUUCAGCUCCGCCUGGCUAGCCCCGCUGCCCACUGCAGGAGCCCAGAGCCGGACCAGGAGCCGGAGCCGGAGCCGCCACCAUGAGCUCGGACGCCCGCUGCAAGUUGACAGGAUGCUGGCGGCGCUCUGUCUCUCUUUGCGCUCUGGCGCUCGUCUGCAUCCUCAGUCUCGGCUCCAGCGCGGCAGCCGGACCCGUGGACGUUCUCCAGGCUCUAGAGUUUCCCAGCCUGCCGGAGGGAGUGAUGCAGACGGCCGGAUUCUGCAAGAGUCGCCGGCACUCGGGGACCCCCGACGUGGCGUACCGAGUGACCAAGCCGGCCCAGCUCAGUGCCCCCACUAGCCACUCUACCCUGGGGGUUUCAGGGUCAGGGUUCAGGGGUACGUUGUCUGACCCCCUCGCUCUCCCCACAGACGGGACAUUCCCGCAGGAUUUCUCCAUCCUGAUGACCCUGAGGCCCAAGCGGACGACCCAGGCCUUCCUGCUGUCCAUCUACAGCGGUCAGCAGGUCCAGCAGCUCGGCGUGGAGAUAGGGCGUUCACCCUUCUUCCUGUACGAGGACCAGCACGGACAACCCCCCCAGAGCAGUACCCCCAUCUUCAGCAGCGUUAGCCUGGCCGACAACAAGUGGAAGAAGGUGACCCGCCCGCUGGCCCGAGCCCACAAUGCCAUCCUCGACACCAGCGGCAUCCUGGUGUUUGGCACCAGGAUCCUCGACCAGGAGGUGUAUGAG